GCCUCCGGCAAUUUUCCUCCGCUCCUCUCUAAUCCGCUGCCCCUCUUCCUUCUUCCACGCCGUAACCCAUGCCUCUCGUCGUUCUCACCGUCAUAUCUCCCGUCCUUCUAUUCGGCAUAACUUCAAACACCUCUCCUUAACAAACCCUUCCACCAUGUCCUUUCCGAUUUCCACCACUUCCGCUGCCAACAGUACCCUCAAAUUAUCCAAAAAGGCUCGACGUGAGACGCCGGAGAACCUCCUUCGCCACCACCUUGAUAUGUGCUCGAAGCAAGGAGACGUCUCCGAGGCCCUCCGCCUUUACGACUCCGCCCGCGCCGGUUCCAUCCCGCUAUCCCUUCACCACUAUAAUGUCCUGCUCUACUUGUGCUCCCAUCUCUCCGCCACCGCUUCCGAGGCUGACCGUGCUUUUGAAAUCUUCCCUCAGAUGUCAGUCGACGGCGUCGUCCCAAACGAGGCCACCUUUACUACCCUCGUCCGCCUUGCCGCCGCCCGUGGCGAUCCCGACCUUGCCUUUCAGUUCAUUAAGACCAUGUCCGCCGCAGGCAUUACCCCACGCCUCCGCAGCUACGGCCCCGCACUUUUCGGCUUCUGCGAGAAAGGCGACGUUGAGAAGGCCCAGGAGCUCGAGGCUCACAUGGUCGAGGCAAAGGUUGCUGCCGAGGAACUGGAGCUGGCAGCUCUCUUCCGUCUCAAUUCCGAGCUAGGGAGGGGAGAAGAUGUCUACCGGCUGUUGCACAGGAUGAGGGCCGAAUUGAGGAUGGUGUCCGAGACGACAGCUGAGUUGAUUGAAGGUUGGUUUAAUUCAGUGCAGGCGGCAGGAUUUGGACUUCACGAGUGGGACGUGGAGAUGGUCAAUAAAGGGGUGUUAACAGGAGGAGGAGGGUGGCAUGGACAGGGGUGGUUAGGUAAAGGGCAAUGGAGUGUCGGGAGGAGUGAAAUGGAUAAGGAAGGUGUGUGCAGGCGGUGUAGGGAUAGGAUGAUGUCUAUAGAUAUAGAUCCUGUGGAGACUGAGGUGUUCGCAAGAUCAUUGGCCGAACUGGCUAGUCAAAAGGAGGCUAAGGCGGAUUUUACAGGUUUCCAGUCGUGGCUUGACCGGUAUGGGCCAUUUGAUGCAGUCAUAGAUGGUGCAAAUGUUGGCCUAAAUAAUCAACACAAAUUCAGUUUUUUCCAGCUAAAUUAUAUUGUUAAUGAACUCCGUCAGAUGAGUUCAUCAGAUAAGUUGCCUCUUGUUGUCCUACAUUGCAGCCGGGUAAGAGGUGGACAAGCUGAUAAUUCAAACAAUAAAAGGUUGUUGGAGAGCUGGAGAAGGAGUGGCUCACUCUAUGUCACUCCAUCUGGAUCUAACGAUGACUGGUACUGGUUGUAUGCAGCAGUCAACUGCAAAUGUUUGGUUGUUACCAAUGAUGAAAUGAGAGAUCACUUGUUUGCUCUACUUGGAAAUAGCUUCUUUCCUAGAUGGAAAGAAAAACACCAGGUGAGGCUUACAGUUUCCAGGGAUGGCCCAACUUUUCACCUGCCGCCACCAUAUUCAAUUGUCAUUCAGGAAUCAGAAAGAGGUAGCUGGCAUAUUCCUACCAUUGCAGGAGAUGACAUAGAGACACCACGGCAGUGGGUUUGUGCGAACAGAGAUAUGAUAGUCCCAUCUUUAUCUCAUCCCCGGUUAGUCCAGAUAUAAAUGCAACUCGGACAAUGGUCUGUUGCUGUUAAUGAGCCCUUUUUUUUCCUUGUGUCUUAUUUUGUAAAGCAGGUUUCCAUAUAGAUUUAUAUCAUUGAUGGUGGUGUCCUUGCCGUCAUUGCGGCAACUGACAUAAACCUGACUUACCUCAUUGUGAAUGGAAUAUUAUCGCUUAUUAUGCCAGUGUGUUCGUUUUAUUCCAUCUCUCAGAAAUUUACGAGUUUCC